GAAGACCGCCCGGCCAUAGGCGGAGCCAGCGUUCCACCGCGGCUUUCAGACUCGGACCUCAUGGCUUCGUGCCGGUGGCCCUGGCGGCGCUGCUGCUCCUGGAGGCCGGCUGCCCGGAGCCCCGGGCCCGGCUCCCCGGGCCGCACGGGGCCCCCCGGGCCGCCCGCCGCUGCCGACGACGGCGUGCAGAUGUCCUACUUUAAUCUUGUGAAGAGUUUAACAUCUGCUUUUUCAAAUAGGUAUAGUAUGUCACGGUUCCAUCACACAACGUCAGCAGCGUGCUGUUGUAGUAAAACACGGAGUGGUGAGAAAUACAUCGAUCCUUUCAAACUCGGUUGGAGAGACUUGAAAGAUCUGUAUGAAGACAUUAGAAAGGAACUAGUCAUAUCUACAACUGAACUUAAGGAAAUGUCUGAAUACUACUUCGAUGGUAAAGGAAAAGCCUUUCGACCAAUUAUUGUGGUGCUAAUGGCCCGGGCGUGUAAUAUCCAUCAUAAUAACUCCCGAGACGUGCAAGCAGACCAGCGCUCCAUAGCCUUAAUUGCAGAAAUGAUCCACACUGCUAGUCUGGUACACGACGAUGUCAUUGACGAUGCAAGUUCUCGGAGAGGAAAACACACGGUUAAUAAGAUCUGGGGUGAAAAGAAGGCUGUUCUCGCUGGUGAUCUAAUUCUUUCUGCAGCAUCUAUAGCUCUGGCACGGAUCGGAAAUACAACUGUCAUAUCUAUUUUAACCCAAGUUAUUGAAGAUUUGGUGCGUGGCGAGUUUCUUCAGCUAGGGUCAAAAGAAAAUGAGAACGAGAGAUUCGCACACUACCUUGAAAAGACCUUCAAGAAGACUGCCAGUCUGAUAGCCAACAGUUGUAAAGCAGUCUCUGUCCUCGGAUGCCCUGAUCCAGCGGUGCAUGAGAUUGCCUAUCAAUACGGGAAAAACGUGGGAAUAGCCUUUCAGCUAAUAGACGACGUGUUGGACUUCACCUCGUGUUCUGACCGGAUGGGCAAACCAACGUCGGCAGAUCUGAAGCUUGGGUUAGCCACCGGCCCUGUCCUGUUCGCUUGCCAACAGUUCCCAGAAAUGAAUGCUAUGAUAAUGAGACGGUUCAGUUUACCAGGAGAUGUGGACAGAGCUCAACAAUACGUAUUACAGGAACAACAUGGAAACAUCAGGAAAGAGAAAGAUGCAGGCACUCAAACCAGUGGAAUGAACUACAGUUUGAUGAAGACAACUGUCUGUUAGAGCUGAGGCAGUCCGUCUAAACAAUGAACAGAAUGAUGAAGGCAGUGGAAAGAUUGGGGAUCAGGAGUUUUUUCCCAAAGAGGAAGAAAAGGAAGCAUUUACAUUCAUAAGUGGGCUCCUGUACACUAAGGCAGGGCAAACUGAAACGUGUCCUGUUUUGUGUCAGUUGGUAAAGUACAGAAAAUCAGAACCUUUCAGACCAAUGUUACGAAUAUUCUAUUCUGAAUAGGGGCCUUGUGAGCUUGGAACCAUGGAGAGGGAGAUGAAAUUAUAGUACAUGACUUGAUUCUGCAGUAAAUGUAUUUUUACAUUACGGAAAUAGUAUUUUAUUAGUGUUCAGCUUUUAGAACCAACAUAAAAACAUGGUUAGAGAGAAUGCAAAUCUCUAUAGUGUAAAUGUAUAAAGAAUAGGAGCACUUGAUAGGAUAGGAUAUCCUGGAGAUAAAGUGAAAAGUUGAUGCUACAUCAUGACAAAAGUAAUUAAGAAAAGAUGGCAAUAGAAUUAGCAAAAUAAGAGGCCUAGGGUGGGUGGGCUAAAUCCUCCUCCUCAGCAGGAAGGCAAUAGCUAGUAACUAAAGUUGCUAAUUAAGACCUCAAAACCAACAGAUGACUGUGCCUUUGGAGGGAGGAAAGUAUUGAUUUUCAUCAUAAGGGCUCGGUACUUUUGUUAUAUAUUGUUUUAACGUUAGAUUCUUUUCACUUAAAAAUUGAUACUGUAUACAUGUAGAACUUUUUAAAAACUAAUACUUAAAAACUAGGGAAAGGCAAUGGCUAUUUGAGAUGAGUUCGCUGCUUUGUUAGCCUCAUUCUGAGAAAAGUGCCUAAAGCAGCUGAACCGAGGAGUUGGAGGACACUUGAAACAUAGUUUGGCUGUUGAUCAACCUGAUCUCGAAAGUACAUCUUAAUUCUCUACUAUAGCAGGGAAUUCGGAGCUGAUCCAGUGAGUGAUGCAUCUGUUCUCUUGUUCUGUACCCGCCCCCGCAGAGUGACGGUGUGCAACAGACAACCUACCUCGCCCAGCGGUACUGCCACGAAGCAGUGAGAGAGAUCAGUAAACUUCGACCGUCCCCUGAAAGAGACGCCCUCAUACAGCUUUC